UUCUGCUCUCAUCCAGUGAAAUUUUCUUCCGUUCCCUACUCGUCUCAUGAAUGAUCAGCUGAAGGAGAAACGUCUGGCUUGUGUUAAUUCGAUUACAUUUCAGGGCUAUGUGACUUUUAAGUUUCAUUUUUGGGGAUGAAAUCCUUUGGAUUUUAGUCUCUUUUAGAUGAUCAGAUUUUUUAGGAUGAAUCUAAAGUGUGUGUUUGAUAUGAAAUGAAAAGGCUUCGACCUUUACGAAGGCAAUCAGAGAAUUGUUAUUCGACAUUGACUGUCCAUUGAGCCACGAACGUAUUUAGCUGGUUUAAAUCUCAGGGGAUGAUGGAAAAUCUCAGUGAAGACCAGGUUCAUAAUUGCACUAUAAAGCGGAGAGUGAAUUCCAGAAGGUUCAGGGAUAAGGUUUAUGUUGGAUGUGGAGCCGGAUUUGGUGGGGACAGACCACUUGCUGCCCUUAAGUUGCUGCAGAGAGUAUCAGAGCUAAACUACCUUGUACUAGAAUGCCUAGCAGAACGGACACUCGCUGAUCAUUACCAAGAAAUGAUGAAUGGAGGGGAUGGGUUUGAUUCUCGAAUUUCAGAGUGGAUGAGUAUUUUGUUACCUUUGGCAGUGGACAGAGGAGUUUGCAUCAUUACCAACAUGGGUGCUGUUGAUCCGGUUGGCGCACAAGACCGAGUUCUAGAAGUGGCUAAAAGCCUAGGCCUCAGUGUGACAGUUGCAGUGGCUCGUGAAGUUGCUCUUGCGGGCUCAGGGUUGACAUGCGCACACGAGAAAUCAAAUACUGCAGAAAGUGGUAUCAGCACAUAUCUUGGAGCAGCACCUAUUGUUGAAUGCCUCGAGAAGUACCGACCUAAUGUUGUUGUCACUUCACGAAUCGCAGACGCUGCCUUGUUCUUGGGUCCAAUGGUGUAUGAACUGGGUUGGAACUGGGAUGAUUUCAAUCUGUUAGCCCAGGGGACUAUGGCUGGUCACCUUUUAGAAUGUGGUUGUCAACUAACUGGAGGAUACUUCAUGCAUCCUGGUGAUAAGUACCGGGACAUGCCAUUCUCACUUCUUUUAAAUGCGUCGCUUCCCUAUGCUGAAGUCAGUUAUGAUGGGAAAAUUUGUGUGGCGAAGGCAAACGGAAGUGGAGGGGUUCUAAAUAUUAGUACUUGUUCCCAACAGCUUCUUUAUGAGAUUGGGAACCCAGCAGCAUAUGUAACUCCUGAUGUGGUAAUAGAUGUUUGCAGCGUGACUUUUCAAUCAAUAUCUGAUAGUAAAGUCCUGUGUCUUGGAGCAAAACAAGUUGAUGAACCGGUGCCUGGUCAACUUUUGCGAUUGGUCCCACAGGAUGUUGGAUGGAAAGGAUGGGGAGAGAUCUCAUAUGGCGGUUUCAAGUGUGUUAAUCGUGCCAAGGCUGCUGAGUUUCUGGUCAGGUCAUGGAUUGAAGAAGAGUAUCCUGGUCUGAGCGAUCGAGUUUGUUCUUAUAUUGUUGGAGUCAACAGUCUGAAGGCCACCUGCUCGGACAGUCACUUUUCGAGUUGGAAUGACAGUGGAGAUAUUAGGCUGCGAAUGGAUGGGUUAUUCGAAAAGAAGGAACAUGCAGUUCAGUUCAUAAGAGAAUUUACUGCUUUGUACACAAAUGGCCCCGCUGGUGGGGGUGGCAUCAGCACUGGGCACAAAAAAGAGAUUAUUCUCGUCAAAGAGCUGGUCGAACGCGAUUCUGUUCACUGGAGAACCGAAGCAAAGAGUACCAUAUCGCUAAACCCAGAUGAUCAAUCUUUUCAUAGCCGCCUCUCCCAUUCAAAGAUAAAAGAAGAAAGUAUUGGCCAUUAUAUUUCACCAGAAUCGGAUGUUUCUCCUGCUCCAUCCAAUCAGAAGAUUCCACUCUACAGUGUGGCUCACAGCAGAGCAGGGGACAAAGGAAACGACAUAAACUUCUCCAUCAUCCCACACUGCCCAUCGGAUGUUGAGAGGUUGAAAUCUAUUAUAACACCUGAUUGGGUACGGAGAGUCGUUUCCCCACUUCUAUGUACCUCAACUUUUCCCGAUGCAGAGGCCAUAUCUAAGAGGGACAAAUGGGUCAGUGAGCACGUGAGAGUCGAGAUCUAUGAAGUCCCUGGAAUUCAUUCCUUGAACAUUGUUGCCCGAAAUAUCCUCGAUGGUGGUGUCAACUGUUCUCGGAGGAUCGACCGCCAUGGGAAAUCAAUCUCAGAUCUUGUACUGUGCCAGCAAGUCAUCUUGCCUCCGUGACUGAGUUUCGGCUGUAAUUACUUCUACUACAAUUUGCAGCCGCAUAACUUUGUGAGUCGACACUUCAGCAGUGAAUAUGCAGAUGUUGCUCAGAUUAGUUAUCGAUCCAACUGCAGUUUGUUGUUGACAGAAACUCCUUACUUUGCCUGUGACGUUCCUAUUUGGAAAACAGUCUGGACUAAUCCAUGUACAAGGUUGUUCUCUUUUUCCACCA